AUGACCCAGGGAAAGCUCUCCGUGACCAGCAAACCCCCCAGCUCUGAGGGCCAGGGAGACAAGAAGGACAAUGCCACAGCCCCCCCGGCUCCCCCGUCCUAUGAGGAGGCGACAGCAGGAGAAGGGAUGAAAUCCGGGCCUUUCCCUGCCCCGCCGGCAGCCCCGCUCCACCCCAGCUGGGCUUACGUGGAUCCCAGCACCAGCCCAAGCUACGGCAGCGGGGGGUACCCGGGGGACACGGAGCUGCUCACGACCUUCAGCUGGGACGACCAGAACGUGCGCAGGGUGUUCAUCAGGAAGGUUUAUGCCAUCCUGAUGGUCCAGCUCCUGGUCACUGUUGUCAUCGUGGCUUUCUUCACCUUCUGUGAACCGGUCAAGGGCUACAUCCAGACCCACUCUGCCUGGUACUGGGCUUCCUAUGCCGUUUUCUUUGUCACCUACCUGAUCCUCGCCUGCUGCUCUGGGCCCAGGAGAUACUUCCCAUGGAAUCUGAUCCUGCUCAGCAUCUUUACCCUGUCCAUGGCUUAUCUCACUGCGAUGCUCUCCAGUUACUACAACACCAAGUCAGUGCUGCUGUGCCUUGGGAUCACUGCCCUGGUCUGUCUGUCCGUCACCAUCUUCAGCUUCCAGAGCAAGUUCGACUUCACCUCGUACCAGGGCGUUCUCUUCGUGCUGCUCAUGGUGCUGUUCCUGGGGGGACUGGUCCUGGCUGUCAUCCUGCCCUACCAAUACGUGCCGUGGCUCCACGCGAUCUACGCUCUGCUCGGGGCUGGGAUCUUCACCAUGUUCCUGGCCCUGGACACGCAGAUGCUGAUGGGGAACCGCCGGUACUCGCUGAGCCCUGAGGAAUACAUCUUUGGAGCCCUCAAUAUCUACCUGGACAUCAUCUACAUUUUCUCCUUCUUCCUGCAGUUCUUUGGCUCCAGCCAGGAGUGAGGG